AGGGGGCAUUUCCGAAAUUUAACUCAAAGACGCAUUGGCACAAUCACACACUUCGUACUUCGUGGUAGCGGACUUCGAGAGCACUUGGCACCUGUGACCUACGCGCGUGACGCUCCCUGCGAGGAAGCCGGUGACUUCCCAGCGAGAUACCUGAUCAGGACAACUACUACAUAUCUGUGUACGCUUCUUUGAUUUCUUUCCUCUUUGAGAUGGAUGAAGUUUCUCUCAACAGUGAGCCAGUCGGUGAUGAUGAUGCUGAUGAAUUUGAGAUAGAAGGAGAUUCUUCAAUGAUGGAAUAUGUGGGUCAAACUGGCAUAAUUCAAGGAGAGAACCCCCUUCCUCCUGUUGUUGGAAUGGAGUUUGAGUCUUAUGAGGAUGUAUAUUAUUUUUACAAUUGUUAUGCCAAGGAACAGGGAUUUGGGGUUAGAGUAAGCAAUACAUGGUAUAGAAAGAGUAAGGAAAGAUACAGAGGAAAACUUAGCUGUAGUAGUGCAGGUUUUAAAAAGAAAAGUGAAGCAAACCGACCAAGACCAGAAACAAGAACUGGCUGUCCAGCGAUGAUGAAGUUCAGAUUGAUGGACUCCAAAAGGUGGAGAAUUAUUGAAGUGGAGCUUGAGCACAAUCACUUGAUUAGCUCAAAAAGUGGAAAAUUCUAUAAAUCCCAUAAGCACCUGGGUGUUGGAACCAAAAGAACAUUGCAGUUAGAUGGUACUGAGGAAGUACCAAAAGUUAGGCUGUUUCGGACAGUGGUUAUCAAUGCAGAGGAUAAUGGAAGUAUAGAUGUUGAUGAAGGAGAAUUUGGGAAUAAUGUCGACUAUGGCAAUCAAUUGAAACUUAAAGAAGGAGAUGCCCAGGCACUUCUUAAUUAUUUCUGCUGCUCACAAUUAAUGGAUCCAAACUUCUUUUAUGUGAUAGAUCUAAAUGAUAAAGGAUGUUUGAAGAAUUUGUUUUGGACAGAUGCAAGAGCAAGGGUUGCGUAUGGCUAUUUUGGUGAUGUAGUUGCUUUUGACACUACAUGCAUGACAAAUAAAUAUGAAGUUCCCCUGGUUUCUUUUGUUGGAGUGAAUCAUCAUGGACAAUCUCUGCUAUUGGGUUGUGGUUUACUUGCAGGUGAGACUAUUGAAUCAUAUACAUGGUUGUUUAGGGCAUGGCUUACGUGUAUGUUAGGACGCCCUCCACAAGCCAUUAUUACUGACCAAUGUCCAACCUUACAGACAGCUGUUUCUGAUGUUUUCCCAAGAGCUUCUCAUUGUCUGUGCUUAUCACAUAUCAUGCAGAAAGUUCCAGAGAAACUGGGAGGAUUAUUCCAAUAUGAAUCAAUUCAAGCACUAUUGAGUACAGCAGUUUAUUACUCAGUGAGGUCUGAGGAAUUCGAGGCAGCUUGGGAGGAUAUGAUGCAACAUCAUGGACUUAGAGAUCAUAAAUGGCUUCAAGCUUUAUACGAAGAUCGAAAACGCUGGGUUCCAGUUUAUUUGAAGGAGACAUUUUUGGCUGGAAUGUUUCCCAUCCAGCCAAGUGAUGGUGUAUCUUCAUUCUUUGAAGAAUAUAUUGACAAACAAACUCCUUUGAAAGAAUUUUUAGAUAAGUAUGAUCAAAUUCUGCAGACAAAACAUCAGCUUGAAUCCCUGGCAGAUAUGGAUUCAAGAAAUUCAAGUUAUAUGCUGAAAUCAAGAAGCUAUUUUGAAUUGCAACUCUCAAAAUUGUACACGAAUGACAUAUUAAUGAUGUUCAAGAGGGAGGUGGAGGGAAUGUACUCUUGUUUUAGCACUAGACAGUUAAAUGUUGAUGGGCCGAUCUUUACGUACAUUUUCAAGGAACAAGUUGAAGUUGAGGGAAACAGGAGGGAAACAAUGUAUGAAGUUCUGUAUAAUGCACCUGAAAUGGAGGUCCUUUGUGCUUGUGGUUUGUUCAACUUUAAAGGUUAUUUAUGCAGGCAUGCGCUGUCUGUCCUUGAUCAAAAUGGCAUAGAGGAGAUUCCACCUCAGUACAUUCUUUCACGGUGGAGGAAGGACAUUAAACGCAGUUACAUUCUUGACCACAGCUCCAGUGGUAUUGACAGCAAUAACCCAGUUCAUAGGCAUGAUCAUCUGUACAAAUGUGUGGUGCAGGUUGUGGAGGAAGGGAGGAAAUCACAAGAUCGUUACAAGUUUGCAUUGCAAGCGAUGGAGGAGUUAUUAAACAAGCUUCAUCUUGUGGGGGACCAGCCAAUGUAGCAUAUAAGAUGGAGGAUCCAGAUUUAUCAAUUAUGUAACUUGAAGUUUGUACAUAUUGUUGCUUGAUCUCUUUCAGCAUCUGAGGAAAGUUGUAAAGAAGUCCAAAUUCUGAUGUACAAUUUCCCAGAACCUACAGCAUCUGCUUUAUACUUCUUGUGGAGAAAACAGAAACAGAGAAACCACCUAGCCAGAGAGUAUUUUAAGGCAUGCAAAACACUGACCUAAUAGGUGAAAUCCAUAACAAUGGAGGUUGAUUGUGAUGCACAGUGACACUUGUAACUAAUUUAAAGCCUAUCCCAGUACUGACUUGGCGUUGGCAAAGAGCUAGAGUAAAAAAAAGUCAUUUUCUUUUUGUUUA